GGAUGCGAUCGCAGCGCUCCCGUCUCCCAACACUUGAUCCGUCGCCUCCACACUGCGAAUGACUCGCAUCGCAUCGCCGUACGCGCACGCCAUAUUGGUGCUCCAUUAGCGGCGAUACAGCGCAAGCGACGAGUGAUCGGUGCAAACAUAUCCAACCCCCAGACUGAUAAAACCCUCCGUGAAGUGGUGUAUCGCAUCUGUGGACUUUGCAGCCCGUAGCGAAGCCGUGAGUGUCAGUGCGGUGUGGUUAGUGUGACAGCAGUGCGAAACAAACAUGGCGUGCGCAACGUUGAAGCGCUCGUUGGACUGGGAGCCAGUGUUGGGCGCACGGCCGGCGAAGCGGCGACGGUGCAUCCCGUUCUGCGGCACGCCGAGCCCCAGCAAGGAGCGCGUCGGGACACCCACAGCAGGCACCAGCGGCGCAUCGGGCUCGGCCUUUCCCGAUGUUGUCGGCAGGAAGCUCACGCCAGAAGUGAUGGCAGCAAACAUCCGCGCCGAAUUACGACGAUUCCAAAGGCGCAAGCAAUUGCAGUACGGCUCGAAUUCGGACAACGACAGCGGCUCGGGCGGCGAGCAGUCCGAAUCGCCGGCGCGGUCCGAGAAACCAGUUUUCACGUUUAAGCAGGUUGGCCUAAUCUGCGAACGAAUGCUCAGGGAAAAAGAGUCAGAGAUACGAGAGGAAUAUGAUAAUGUUCUCACCAACAAGUUGGCCGAACAAUAUGAUGCCUUCGUCAAGUUUACCUAUGACCAGAUUCAGAAAAAUUACUCUUCCGUACCUAGUUAUUUAUCGUAAGGUUGCAGUAGGCAUGUUUAUAUAUUAUAUCGAAAAAUAACAAAAAAAGAAGAAGAGAACACACACAUACACAAAAUAAUCGGUCUGCAUAUAGUAGUUUUGCAUAAUUAUACACUCGUCUUUACAGUAAAAUCGAAAAAAACCAACCGAAAUUAACAAUGUACGCGUAAAGAUACACACAAAACCGAAAUCAUUACGAUUACGAAUGCGUUGCGAUUAUUACGUGAGCGUAGUGGACAUUUGUCGUCGAGGGAUGAGCAACAUCUUCACUACAACCUCCUCCUGCGCAGCGAGAACCGCCGGACAACAAAGCGAACACUCUACGACAGCACGAGCCUUACGACGAUUGUACAUAACUUAUAUAUACAUUACAUUCAGCACAUGUGAACGUGUCUAAUUAUUGGAAUUGAAGCAUCCGGUUUUUGUUUCCGCGAUUGUACAUAUUAUCUAUGAUUGGACAAACAAACAAGCAAAAAGACCGCACAGAUUUUAUAUGACAGAUUUUUGUAUGCAUUCAAUGUAAUAAUUAAUGGAACACCAAGGAGGCGAGAAUCUAACUGCGGAGACGAUGAGAUUUUCAUCCGAAACGCAUGCUUCUACGAGUACAAAACCAACACACACACAAUUACGGAAUUAUUUGCUUGUAUGUCUCUUGUGAAACAAUGUUUGCCUUAAAUUUUCGAACUCUCGACCGACCGACGAAAUGCCGUUUUGAUUUCGUUUGGAUGUCCAUCACAUUUGUACACACUCAUCGGUAUCAUUUCGCAAAUUGUAAUUGUAAACCACGGAAGAUGAAAAAAAGAAAAAUGAACACAACUCUAAAAUAAGCUGUAUGAAGUUACUUUGUAAGAGAUGAGGAUUAGGAGGUAAGAGAUUAUGAUACAAACUGUUCAUUAGGUUAGGUGAUAGAUUUGUAGUUAUCUACCAUGCAGGCGAAAUGAAAUAACGCAAUUUUUCAUCGGCGACAAAUUGAAGCAUUGAGAUUUCGAGUUUUAAUGAUGGAAGAUUUGUUAUUGCUAAGAGUUUUAGAAUAAUCGUAAACGCUAAUAUGAAACAAGCAUAAUUAAGGCGAAGAGAGUGUAAGAUGUGUCUGAGAGUGAACGCGCCGCGUGAUUGUUGGUUGUUUGAUAAAGUGCGAAAUGAGUUUGUUUAGGUUUCUUCUUUUUUUUAGUAGCGUUUAAUUAGUUUUACGUUAUCGAGUCGCCCGCACACCGAAAUUCAUUACUAUUUAUAUCUCAAUCGAAUCAUCAACACAACUGUUGGAAAUUUCUAAAAAUAGUCAAAAAACUGAUAAAAUGAUUGCGUAAAACAGUAAGUUUACAAUGAAAGUAUUGUUCAAAUUAUGUUUUAUUUGCAUCUUUGUUUUUUUUUUUGCUGUUGAUGAGGAAGUAAAUUUGUCUGUUUGAUGCGAGACAAGCCGAAAAUAAAACAACAAACUACUAUAAAAUACAUAAAAUACCGCAAACAAAUGCCAUAAAUGUGAUUUUCCUUAAACAUAGUUUAAAUAGCGUAUGAAUUUUAUAAUAGUAUGUAAGUAGCGCAUAAGUUUAAUUAAAUUACUUAUUGAUUUCAUGUUUAAUUCGAUUGUAUUGUACUUGUAAGUUGAUUUACAAUAGCGCCGACAGACGUGAUGCGAGAUGAGAUGGGAAAACAAUGCAAAACUAAAUGCAAUCAAAUAUCGAAUUAGUUAAUUAUGUUAUUUAUAUGCAUACAUAUUGUAUUAUCAUUAACGCUUAGUUGUAAUGCGUCGCAGGCGGCGAUUGUGUAUUUGGGAUGUACAUUUCCAAAGAAUGGGCGUCGAUAUGCGGCGCCGCACGUGGCGGAUGAGUUGUUUUUUACAUUUCUUAUUUCUGCGAUGUUUCGCAUUCUAGAUUGUUUAGAAUUGAAUUUUUUUAAUGCGGCGAUUUAAAUUAGUUUUCGUUAUAAAAUGCACGGCGUCCCAAUGCGUUUCUUUGGCGUGAUGAAGGCGAAAAGAUUUGUAUGCACGUGAAAUGAGCGAUUUGAGAUGGAGACGCAACAUCAGAAUAAACUAAACAACUAAUAAUA